UUUCCCCAUUAUAUCGAUCGCGUAAUAGUCUUAUACCCCAGCCAAUUGUCAUACAAUUAUUUUGAUAAUGCGAUAAUAUCGGGCACUAUUUGUCUUAUACUUAUGCAACAUUGAGCAAUUGAGAAAUAUUACGCUUACAUAAAGGAAAUUUCAAAACUAUUUCAUCUUCACGAAAAGGUGCAAACAUUCUAUCGAGUAAUACGCUACCACACGCUCCUCGACAUUUGCAGAAUGGCGAUCUGUGUUGUGCAGCAGUAUUUUAGUAUCAAUAAAAUACUUUUUCGUGCAGUUGCCUUAUGGCCUUAUCAUCGAACGAAACUCGUUGAAGUUCACCUGUCCUUCUUUCUUGUUAUUUUGAUUAGCUUUAUCGCUGCCCAGUUGGCAACAUUUCUAACUACAGAAUGUACAUCUCAUAUGGCAAUUAAAAUUUUCUCUCUUGUAUUGUACUUUACUCUAUAUUUGAUAAAGUAUCUUUCCUUCCGUGUUAAUGCCCAUACUAUAAGAUGCCUAUUGGAGAAAUUUCAAUAUACAUGUGACGAGCUAACAGACGAAGGCGAAAUCGCUAUCAUAAAAGAAUAUGGGCACGAGGCGAAACGUUUUACCAUUAUAAUUUCCUUGUACGGCAUGUUUAACAUAAUCACUACGUGUCUUCUACCAGUUUUUCCGCGAAUUCUUCGUACUUUCACGUCCACAAAUGUGUCUGAGGAACAUUUUAUGAUACAUAUUCCGACAGAAUACUUUAUCAAUCAAGAGAAGUAUUACUAUUAUAUUGUACUGCACAUGGACGCAAGCGUCUUUAUAGGAUCAAUUGUAUUACCAGCAACAGGAACAUUGCUGUUCGGCUGCAUGAAAUAUAUGUGUGGAUUAUUUAGAAUCGCCAGUUAUCGUAUUGAUCAAACAAUGAAGACUCCGAUGUUUCAAAUUGCUGGUUUGUCGAAGGAUUAUGUAAUUUAUAAAACGAUUGUACAUGCCAUAGACAUUCAUCGCAAGGCAAUAGAAUUUUGUAAUAUGAUAAAAUCCAAUUUUGUGGGAAUGUUUUUUAUAGUAAUAGUAAUUAGUGUUACUUCCUUAAGUCUCAAUCUUUAUGAACUUCACCAGGCUAUGAUGUUUGGAAGUGCCACGGAGGAAUAUUUAGUGUAUGCUAAAGGUACAUUUGUCACUCUACUAUACAUAUUCAUAGGCAAUUACAUCGGACAAGAACUUUCAGACCAUCAUAACCAUAUGUUUAUCAGCAUAUACAGUGUUCAGUGGUACGUAACUCCCUUACACAUACAGAAAAUAAUUUUGUUCCUGUUGCAAAGAGGCACUAAAAAUUUUUAUUUCGUUUUUGGUGGAAUAUUAGUGAUGUCUAUAGAAAAUGCGACCACGGUAAAUUAUUUCAUGUUAUGUCAUGUUAUAAAAUUAUAUCAAAUUAUAAUCUUCCAACCAGCGUGCACUUUGAGUUAGAAAAAUGAAAAAUAUUUUUCAGUUAGUAGGCGCUUCCAUAUCGUAUUUCACCGUUCUCCAUUCUAUGCAGCAAACUGAUGUAACUAAAUAACUAAAAUGAAUUUAUGGCGUUCGGAUUAGAUUGAUUUAAAUUUAGAUUCUACAUAUUAGAGAAUUCUGAAGUAACAUUCUUACCGUCGAACGGAGAAGAAAUUUUUAAUCAUCGGAGUAACUCAUCAUGAUAUUUUCCUGCGUAAUUCAAAGUAUAAAUUCGCAACAGUGGGUGCAUCGUACGAUUUUAUUAGUGUUUCUUUAAUCGAAAAAACUUUAAAGUAAUCCAUAUAUGUACACAAGAUUAUAAUAUAUAAUUUGUGCGUUUAUAAUAUCUCAUUACAUAUUAUAAAUAAGUGCGGGACAUGAGUAGUAACAAAAUGUAAACCAAACUCACAAUAUAUUAGUUACCUUUGACAUAUUAUUCACACUUCGCGAUAUGUAUAUAACUAGUGCUGAAUGUGUCUACCUCAGUUGAAUAUUAAAUAUAUAUCACAUAUAUAUAAAUAGUCAAAUAAAGUUAUCCUUUAGUGAUUUAGUAAUUCUUCACUAAUUUAGCUCUUUGUCAAUGUUUUCAAUAAAAACAUCAAAAUCGGAUUACUAAUACGUUAGAAGAUAAUUUACAUUCUCAUUGAAUGUAUAGAGAACAUCAUCCUAAGAUAUUAUAAAAUUGAGAAUAUGUGUACUCCAACAUGUAUUCAAUAAAGUUUAAGUAUAAUAUAUUUUACGUUUUACCCUGUAUUCUGUAUUGUACUUGUGUUUUAUGUUUCACCAGAGCAUAUUUUGCAUUGUUAUACCAACAGUGGGGAAGAUACAAGAGAAGAUAUACAGACGAUACACAGCGAAGCAGGUGUCAGCAUCGAGAUUGGUACAUAUCUCCCUGCCGUUGCAUGAUCCUUGCGCGCUGAUUUUGAAAGUUGAUUACGAUUCCACAUGCACACCGAAGGCCGGUCGCAUCCUGUAUACUACGAUGCUGGUGAGGGUAGCAGCGAUCUUGACUAAUUUUCCUGGUGAAUGCGCGUCACUCAAGCUCCACAUUGUUAUCUGGUCGCCGCUGAUGUUUCUUCGCUCACGUACGAACUCUUUUUCAUAUCCCGGUGUGUCCCGAAUUACGACACAGUGAUUAUACGGCAAAGUGAUAGCGUUACAAUUGUAUAUACACAACUAUAUGGUGUACAUGCAUCAAAGAUAGAAUACAUGAUAGCAAGAAGUUAUUUUUCUUCCUAUCAUUUCUCGUACUCACCCAAUUACAUAUACAUAGCGCGUACAAAACUUUAAAAAAUACUAAAUACACAUUUACAUAUAUGUAUAUAUUCCACACUAAAUCAUCUUUAAUGUAUAGUAGUGUAUAGUAGUUAUUCAAUUCGUAAUACAUUUUUUCAAACUAAACAUCGAAAAAAAAUCUAUCUUUUGGAAAAACUGUUUAAAAAACCAUUAAACGUUGAAAAUAUUUUUAUGUAGUAGGUAAUGCAAUAUGUAAUAGCUGAAUAUACAAACAGAAUAUGUGUAACGCGAAUCAAUUUUUAUAAAUAUGAAUUUAGCUGCAAUAUAAGGAAUUCUGAAUAAAAUAUGUUACUAUAAAAAGAAAAAUACAUUUGCAAUAAAAGUAAAAUAAAUUAUAAUGAAAGAACAAAAUUCAAGAAUGACGGAUCGAUAAAUCUUUCAAGAGUACAACCAUAUUUCACAAAAGCAUACAGCCGAAUGAAACGAGCGAAAAUACUAUUAAAGAAAACACGAACUGAGCUUGCGUAAAAUUUGAGAAAGAUAUUAUUUUAUGACUCUUUUUCUGUAGGAAAUGAACAUCCGCUGAAUUUCUUUCCCCAUCAUAUCGAUCGCAAAAUAGUCGACUUAUAUCCCAGCCAAUUGUCCAAGAAUUAUUUUGAUAGUGCGAUGGUAUCGCACCAUUUAUACUUAUGCACAUUUGAGCACUUAGUAAUAUUACGCUCUUACAUAACAGAAAUGUUUAAAGAUUUUCAUCUUCAAGAGAUUGCGUAAUAGGCGACUUCUACUGCAGCUAAUUGUCACAGAAUUAUUUUGGUAGUGCGAAGAUAUCGUGCAUUAUUUGCCUUAUAUUUAUGCAGAACUGAGGAAUUAGAAAUGUUACGCUUUCAUAAAAGAAAUUUUCAAACAUUUUAAACCUAUUUCUAUCUUUUUUAAUCUUUUCUUACGAUUAUUAAUCAAUCGCCAUUUAACAGAUACAACAUUAAGUGGUACGUAACUCCUUUAUAUAUACAAAGGAUAAUUUUGUUCCUAUUGCAAAGAGGCACUAGAAAUUGUCAAAUUGUUGUUGGUGGACUGUUCGUGGUAUCUAUGGAAAGUGCGACCAUGGUAAAUUUAUGCCACAUCAUAUCAUCUUAUAAAAUUACAUCAUACUAAAAUCUUCAAAUUAGCAUGAACUAUGCAAAUACCAAUGCAAAAUAUGUUUCAGGUGUUAAGCACUUCCAUAUCGUAUUUCACCGUUCUCCAUUCUAUACAGCAAAAUGAUGAAACUAAAUAGCUAAAAUAAGUUUAUGGCGUUUCGAUUAGAUCAAAUUAAAAUUAGAUUCUACAUACUAGAGAAUUCUGAAGUAACAUUCUUACUGUCGAACGGAGAAGAAAGUUUUAAUCAACGGAGCAACUCAUGAUAUUUUCCUGCACAAUUAAAGGAUAUAAAUUCGCAACAGUGGAUGUAUCGUAUCAAUUUAUUGGUGUUUUUUUAAUCAAAAAUUUAAAGUAAUCUAUAUAUGUACACAAGUUUAUAAUAUAGCACUUGUGCGUAUAUAAUUACAUAUUAUAAUUUGUGCGUAUCUAAUUACAUAGUAUAAAUAUGUGCGCGGAAUGAUUAGUAACAAAAUGUAAACCAAACUCACCAUACAUUAUUUAACUUUGACAUGUUAUUCAUAUUUCGUGAUAUAUAACCAGUGCUGAAUGUAUACCUGAUUUGAAUAUCAAAUAUAUGUCACGUACAUAUAUCAAAUAAAGUUUUCCUUUG